GGGGCUCCCGCUCCCGGACUCCGCCCCUCUCCCCUCCUCCGCCUCCUCCCCUUCCCCCGACUCGCCCCUGGGGAGGGGUGAGUGGGCGGGGAUUCUGGGCCAGUGGAGGAGUCACAGUCGCUUCAACCAGGCUGCGGAACGGACGGACGCGCCUGGUGCCCCGGGGAGGGGCGCCACCAGGGGAGGAGGAGGAGAAGGUGGAGAGGAAGAGACGCCCUCUCUCCCCGAGACCUCUCAAGGUUCUGACCUCAGGGGCCAGGGCACUGACAAGACAGGAGAACCAAGUUCCUCAACUUGGGCUGCCCGAAGAGGCCUCGACCCUGGAGGGCCCUGAGCCCACUGCACCAGGGGCCCCAGCACCACCCCGGGGGCCUAAAGCGACAGUCUCAGGGGCCACCGCAAGGUUUCCAGUUGCCUAGACAACAGGCCCAGGGUCCGAGCAACAACCCUUCCAGCCACCUGCCUCAACUGCUGCCCCAGGCACCAGCCCCAGCCCCAGCUCCAGCCAGCCCAGGUGACAUGCCGGUGCUCUCCAUGCCCCGGCCCUGGCGGGGGAGCACGCUGAAGCGCACGGCGGUGCUCCUGGCCCUCGCGGCCUAUGGAGCCCACAAAGCCUACCCCUUGGUGCGCCAGUGCCUGGCCGUGGCCAGGGGUCCUCAAGCUCCCGCCAGGGACCCCACACAGGAGGCCUCCGGGGCCGCGGCGGCCAAGACCGGCAUGAACCGGGUAUUCCUGCAGCGGCUCCUGUGGCUCCUGCGGCUGCUGUUCCCGCGGGUCCUGUGCCGGGAGACAGGGCUGCUGGCCCUGCACUCGGCCGCCCUGGUGAGCCGCACUUUCCUGUCUGUGUAUGUGGCCCGCCUGGACGGAAGGCUGGCCCGCUGCAUCGUGCGCAAGGACCCUCGGGCCUUCGGCUGGCAGCUGCUACAGUGGCUCCUCAUCGCCCUCCCUGCCACCUUCGUCAACAGUGCCAUCCGCUACCUGGAGGGCCAACUGGCCCUGUCUUUCCGCAGCCGUCUGGUGGCCCACGCCUACAGCCUCUACUUCUCCCAGCAGACCUACUACCGAGUCAGCAACAUGGAUGGGCGGCUUCGCAACCCUGACCAGUCUCUGACAGAGGACGUGGUGGCCUUCGCGGCCUCUGUGGCCCACCUCUACUCCAACCUGACCAAGCCACUCCUGGAUGUGGCCGUGACUUCCUACACCCUGCUUCGGGCUGCCCGCUCCCGUGGGGCCGGCACAGCCUGGCCCUCGGCCAUUGCCGGCCUCGUGGUGUUCCUAACCGCCAACGUGCUGCGGGCCUUCUCGCCCAAGUUCGGGGAGCUGGUGGCAGAGGAGGCACGGCGGAAGGGGGAGCUGCGCUACAUGCACUCCCGUGUGGUGGCCAACUCGGAGGAGAUCGCCUUCUACGGGGGCCAUGAGGUGGAGCUGGCGCUGCUGCAGCACUCCUACCAGGACCUGGCCUCACAGAUAAACCUCAUCCUUCUGGAGCGCCUGUGGUAUGUCAUGCUGGAGCAGUUUCUCAUGAAGUAUGUGUGGAGCGCCUCAGGUCUGCUCAUGGUGGCUGUCCCCAUCAUCACUGCCACUGGCUACUCAGAGUCAGAUGCAGAGGCUGUGAGGAAGUCGGCCUUGGAGAAGAAGGAGGAGGAGCUGGUCAGCGAGCGCACAGAAGCCUUCACUAUCGCCCGCAACCUCCUGACAGCGGCCGCAGAUGCCACCGAGAGGAUCAUGUCGUCCUACAAAGAGGUGACGGAGCUGGCUGGCUACACAGCCAGGGUGCACGAGAUGUUCCAGGUGUUUGCAGAUGUCCAGCGCUGUCACUUCAAGAGGCCCGGGGAGCUGGAGGACACUCAGCCGGGGUCUGGGACCAUAGGCCGGGCUGGUGUCCGUGUGGAGGGUCCCCUGAAGAUCCAAGGCCAGGUGGUGGACGUGGAGCAGGGGAUCAUCUGCGAGAACAUCCCCAUCAUCACGCCCGCCGGAGAGGUGGUGGUGGCCAGCCUCAACAUCAGGGUGGAGGAAGGCAUGCAUCUCCUCAUCACCGGCCCCAACGGCUGCGGCAAGAGCUCCCUGUUCCGGAUCCUGGGCGGGCUAUGGCCCACGUACGGUGGCGUGCUCUACAAGCCCCCACCCCAGCGCAUGUUCUACAUCCCGCAGAGGCCCUACAUGUCUGUGGGCUCCCUGCGUGACCAGGUGAUCUACCCAGACUCAGUGGAGGACAUGCGAAGGAAGGGCUACUCAGAGCAGGACCUGGAGGCCAUCCUGGACAUUGUGCACCUGCACCACAUCUUGCAGCGGGAGGGAGGUUGGGAGGCUGUGUGUGAUUGGAAGGAUGUCCUGUCGGGCGGCGAGAAGCAGAGAAUCGGCAUGGCCCGCAUGUUCUACCACAGGCCCAAGUACGCCCUCCUGGAUGAAUGUACCAGCGCUGUGAGCAUCGACGUGGAAGGCAAGAUCUUCCAGGCGGCCAAGGACACGGGCAUCGCUCUGCUCUCCAUCACCCACCGUCCCUCCCUGUGGAAGUACCACACACACUUGCUACAGUUCGAUGGGGAGGGCGGCUGGAAGUUCGAGAAGCUGGACUCGGCUGUCCGCCUGAGCCUGACCGAGGAGAAGCAGCGACUGGAGCAGCAGCUGGCAGGCAUUCCCAAGAUGCAGCGGCGCCUCCAGGAGCUCUGCCAGAUCCUGGGCGAGGCUGUAGCCCCAGCACAGGCACCAGCACAAAGUCCGUAAGACCCUGGCGGCCUCCAGGGUGCCUCCACAUGACAAGGCCCACCUGGGCCCCUGCCCCUGCCCCAAUCCCAAGCUCGGAUCACAUGAAGGAGAUAGCAGCAACUACCCACGCCCACCCUAUCCUGCAUGCCUGGCCCUCCUCCUAGAAGACCCUUCCCGCCCUUGGGAAAGUAGCUGUGGAGGAUGGCACCCUGCAUCCCUCCCCCUAACCCCGUCCCUCCCACUCCCUGGGGAGCUGCUCCACAGUGACUGGGCCCUGUCCAGGGCAGUGAGUCCUUGACUUUGCUCCACAAAGGGAGCUGGGGCAUACGGGGCCCAGUGCUGGCCACACAGCAGUGCAGCCAAACACCAGGGACCUCUCAGACCACAGCCUCCAAAGACGAGUCCCCACAAUUCCCUCCUCAGUCUCUCAAAGACCCCAUGCUCCAUCCCCCGAGAGUGGUCAGCCGAGGCUUCUGUCCCACGAGAUGCCAUAAAAGCCCCCCAGUGGAACCCAUGGUCAGACAGCCCCUCACCUGCAUCCUCUCCCCCCAGGAGCCCCAAAGAGCCUGAGGGAGAGGGAUGCACAGCACUGCCUUCUGAAUGAGAACGUAGCCCAGCCCCUCGGCCCCUUGCCACCACUUUCUACUGCCUAAUUUAUUGGAUUCUCUAUUCAUAGCCAUCUCCAUGGCCAAUGUGACUACCCUGCUAGCAGUGAGGGCGGCCCAGCCUCUGAGUCCCAUGGGGCCCUGGCUCCCACUGGUGCCAAACCCAACCCCUGGGGCCAUCACCCCACCAGCCUACACUGCCAGCUGCCACCGGGCUGCACAGGCCUCUGCUUGCCAGCCAGGAGUGCAGGCACCAUGUUCCCAGCUCAGUGCCAAAGAAGGGUCGCCUGGGGGAGCUGUCUGCAGAGCCAGCGCCUGCCCGAGGGAGACCCCACUGCCACCGUGUGCCUUUCCGGGACCCUCAGCCCUCGGGCUGGGCACCACCCCCAGUCCCCCAGUAAAAGCCUCCAUUGGCAAAUGCA